AUGAAGGAGAUUGUGAAUAAAAACCUGAUCACAUUGAAGUGUGUCCUCUUUUGCUUCUUAGCAGGAAUAGGAUGUAUCUACCCAUUUCUGCCCCUACAUAUGCUGUCAGUUGGGUUAGAUAGAGCGGAAGCACGUUUGAUUUCUGCCGUAACACCAUGUAUAGCACUACUGGGCCCUGCCGUGUUGGGACCGCUUAUUGAUAAAUUGUCAGUGGGUCGAGGCUCGACCGGCGGAAGUUCGGGGCCCAGCGGUUCCGGGAAGCUUUUGAGAAUCAUCACUGCCUUGUGUCUUAUUUUAAGUGCUUUAUUUUAUUCGUUACUACUCGCCGUUCCAUACACGGAGCGACAUGAGGCCAGAAGACCGCAAGUCCUCUUUAUGUGCGACGCAGAUGGCGGUUACGUAAUGCAGGAAGUGUGUACUGAGGGCAUGAGAUGCAAUAGAUGGGAUGGACAAAAGUCAGGAGUACUUGCUGUGGGUGCGUGUGAAUACGGCUGUGCUGACGAGAACAUGACGUGGGUGAUGAAGCCCUUCACUACAACUUCUACUACCACAACAAUGAGCCCACUAUAUAACAGUGUCGCUAAUUAUACUACACCAGUGGUAUUAGUGACUGAAGAGCCGGAAGAUGACGCAGAAUUCGAGAUCAACCCACCACAUCUCUGCUACAAUGGCCAAUGCCUCGUAUACAUGCAACACGAAAAGAGGCUACGCGUUCCCCUCUCUCUAUUAGCCCCAGAAAUGCCUGAAGAUAAUUCUACUGACGAAAACAAUUGGUGCACUUAUAGAACUGCUGGUCCAUCAAAAUGUAUAGUACCAGCUGACCGUCUUCAAGAAAUAAACCCAGAUGGAGGUGAAUGUAAGGCAGCCGUGCGAUGCCAAGUGCUGGAUCCGUAUGAUGAACCGGACGGAGUUCUUGCUAAUGCUGAGUGCAGACUUGUUAUUGGCGACCCACUUUUCGCUGACAUAUGGCCCACAGCUGCCUUGGCUUUGCUAGGCGCUGCUUGCGUCAUAGCAACAAGAGAAACAUCCUUAGGCCGUGGUGAUGUUGGAAGACAGCUGGCCUUCGGAACCCUCGGCUUGGCGAUUUUCCCACCCUUAGCCGGACUUGCAGCCUCGGAAAUGCCUGACACGCCAUACUUGGUGCCCUUCUUGUUGCAUGCCUUGUUCAUGUUGAUUGGAGCACUCAUACUAAUAGUUGACAGCCACAUGCCGCUCUCCACCCCUGAAUGGUGGUGGCAUACAGCAACAGGCGUGCUCACAAUGCCCAUGAAUGCCGUAAGACGUUAUGGAGCUGAGACGGCUGCUAUCUUCGCUGUCGUGGUUCUAUUAGGUACUCUGUGGAGUGGAAUCGAUGCAUAUUUGCCUUGGACGGUACUAGAGCUGAACGGUACCAGCGUGUCUGCCGGUCUGACACUGACGGCGGGUGCUCUACCCGCAGUCCCCGCUCUGUGGUGGGCGGAGGCGGUCGUGGACUACAUCGGACAUUCCAACGUCUAUAUCGCGGCCUUUACGUUCUACUGUCUACGGUACACUGCUUUAGCCUACAGUACAACGUACACGUGGGUGAUUGUAAGCGAGCUCCUGGAAGUGUUCACACUUAGCCUGGUUUGGGUGACGUCAGUGCUGUACUUCCGCCAUCUCGUGCCACGGAAGUACACGGCCACCGGACAAGCUUUACCUGUCAUUGCGCACUUCUGUCUAGGUCGCUGCAUCGGGGCCAUAGUGAGUGGAAUGGUGACACUCGAACAGAGCAUUGAAUCCAGCCGUAACGUGUACCGCGCGUUGGGCGUUUUGGCAUUGCUCUGUUCGUGCGUCUACUUGGCUCUUUAUCACUUGCUGUUGGCGCCACGAUGCGCUUCACCCGCUGCGCCGCCGCCCACGCAUUUAUUACAAGGUUUGAACUCUAAUGGCGCUUCAAAUGGAUCAUACGCUCCUAUGAGGGUAUACCACGAAGAACGAUCAAGGAAAGGCCACUUCCGAUACUAA